CAACACAUCCCAACGUUAUGCCUAUCUCAUCUACACACAAGACCAAAAAGCCUAAUAUGUAUGCAUGGCAGUUCAAAACGGCCAGGGGCGGCCUCGAGAACAACCUCUAUCGACCUGCAGCCGGUGUUCCGAAACCAAAAUUCACGGAGGGCCAGGUUUUGGUGGAGGUGUACAGCGCAGCCCUCAAUCCAGCAGAUUACAAAGUCCCAGAAUUGGGCUUGGUAGCCCGAGGUAUAAUUCCAUCCCCAAGCACACCAGGGCAGGACUUCUGCGGCAAGGUGUGCGAGACUGCGCGAAAGACCGUUUCUUAUCGGGUUGGUCAGAUGGUCUUCGGUAUGCACGGAGGACCCUUUGGCCAUGGAUCUCUAGGCCAAUACAUCGUGGUGUCAAAGGAAAUGCUCGCGCCUGUUCCGACGGGACUCAAGGUCGACGAUAUGGCUGGGGUAGGAGUCGCUGGGCUCACCGCAUAUCAAUCGAUACAACCGCACGUCAAAGAGGGUGACAAAGUGUUUAUCAACGGCGGAUCUGGUGGUACGGGUAUCUUCGGUAUCCAAAUCGCGAAGGCAUUGGGCUGCCAUGUUACGACGUCUUGCUCAACUGCGAACAUAGAACUCUGCAAGAGCCUGGGCGCUGACGAGGUUAUCGACUACAAGACGAUGGAUGUGGUCGAAACACUGAAAAAGAAGGGGCAAGUCUUCAGCCUUGUUGUCGACAACGUGGGCAUCCCAUCAAAUCUGUAUGGUCAAUGCCACCACUUCGUUGUGCAUCACGGUCACUACACGCAGGUCGGCGCGGAUAUAGGGGUCGCUUCGGCAAUCCAACAUGCUGGAAACAUGUUUCUUCCUGGGUUCCUCGGUGGUGGCCGGAGGAGGUACCAGUUCUUGUCGUUGAAGCCAAAUCACAAACAAUUGGUACAGCUCGGCCAAUGGAUAGCAGAAGGAAAGGUUAAACCUGUAAUAGAUUCUAUUUGGGAGUACGAUGACACCCCAAAAGCUUUCGAGAGGCUGAAGACGCAGAGAGCGAAAGGAAAGGUUGUCGUACAUGUCAAAAAGAACGACAUCAAGGGGUGAGCUAUGGGGACUGCCACGACGUAAUUGGUAUUUCGAUCAAUUUUAUUCUGUUAUUUGAAAACUGCCUUAAGCAGAGCGUUCGUUGGAGUCCUCCAUAUCUGAUUCGGUCUCGUUAUGGUUAAUCAUGAGAAAGACUCUGUCGCCGCUCGGUGCGUUCUGAGCCAGACGCUUCCUACGGGAAACAGCGUUGGGGAAGUCUGAAGUGCAGUCUGCACGACGGCUGG